AUGAAUCCCUUCGUACAACGGUCCCAAGCAGCCUGGCACCGGGUCGGAUUUGUUUCCGAAUUCCCCGACCUUGAAUUGGACAAAGAGUGCUCUCAGAUUGCCCCAAGUUGCAAAGCCUUCAAUAUCCCGAAGACAAACGUCGGCCCUCCAGUCGAAGCAGAGAUUGACCUACCAGGGGACUUGAGGGAGCAAGUACUUAUCUUCAGAUACAAGGGGAAGAUCCAUGCUGUUGACCAUCAAUGCCCCCAUUCAUCGUUCCCACUUUCACAGGGCACCCUCUUUGACAUUGAAGACUUUGGCAUCACCCUGAGUGCGGGACUCACAUGUCCCAAACAUGGCUGGUCCUUUGAUCUCUUUUCUGGACAGGGAGACCGUGGCAACUACAAGCUGAAAAUAUGGGAAGUGCAAUUACGUGACCCUCAGGCAAAGGACGAAUCUUCCGACAGCACCGACAAGGAGGUGUGGCUGUUUAUCUUCAAUAACUGCGCACAAACAAUUCGACUCCCAACCCAGAUCGACCUGGAGACGCCCGUACCACAGAGCAACACCGGCGUCUCCAAGAAGUGA